AAGAAUAGCUAUAGCGAGUAAAAUUAUGCCUGCAAAUAAAAAUUUUCUUUUAUUUCUCUCUCCAAUUCUCUCUUUCGAAUGAUAAUAAAAAUUAAAAGACAUUGUUACUCUAAGUGAUAACAUAAUAAGACACUUAUAGCCUAAAGAAUUUUAAAAUUUCGUACGGGUCAUUGAACUCAAUUCAAAUUAGUUAAUAAAUAGUAGAUUUCAAAGGGGCCGAACAGAAGUAUACCGGAAAGAGAACGUCCAAGGAAAAAGAAGUCCUUUUUUGACUAAAACACGAAAGGGCCCAGCAGAGAAUACGCCGUAGCAAUGGAGGCGGCGCCUAUACAGAGUGAAAGCUUCAAUCUAGGGUUCAUCGGUGCAGGGAAAAUGGCAGAGAGCAUAGCCAGAGGAGUGGUGCAAUCUGGUGUUUUGCCUCCCCAACGUAUUUCUACAGCAAUCAACUCAAAUCCCCAUCGCGGCAUCGCAUUUCAAUCACUCGGAGUCUCCCUUCUUCCUCACAACUCCGACGUUGUGGAGCAUAGUGAUGUGGUCAUUUUUUCUGUGAAACCCCAAGUAGUUAAAAAUGUGGUCUUGCAGCUAAGGCCAUUACUUUCAAAGAAGAAGCUUUUGGUUUCAAUUGCUGCUGGAGUAAAACUGAAGGAUCUGCAAGAAUGGGCUGGCCAUGGCCGAUUUAUCCGGGUGAUGCCGAACACACCAUCUGCUGUUGGUGAGGCAGCAUCAGUUAUGAGCUUGGGAGGAGCUGCAACAGAAGAGGAUGGGGAAUUAGUUGCUAAAUUAUUUGGAUCAGUUGGCAAGAUAUGGAGAGCUGAUGAGAAAUUGUUUGAUGCUAUCACUGGCCUAAGUGGCAGUGGUCCAGCAUAUGUAUAUUUAGCAAUUGAAGCUUUGGCUGAUGGAGGAGUGGCUGCUGGUCUUCCACGAGAACUAGCAUUGGGACUAGCUUCUCAAACCGUUUUAGGAGCAGCUUCUAUGGCCAUUAAAUCUGGGAAGCAUCCUGGUCAGCUCAAAGACGAUGUUACAUCACCUGGUGGGACUACAAUUGCUGGCAUUCACGAGUUAGAGAAGAGUGGCUUUCGGGGGAUGUUGAUGAAUGCUGUUGUGGCCGCUUCUAAACGCAGCCAAGAACUUUCUAACACACCUGGAAUCAGAGCAAAAGAGCUUCUCAAGCCAAGAACAUUAAAAGAUUACUCCUCCACAUAAUAAGUAAUGUAUAUUUCAUGUUAUGUAAAGUAGACUUGAUCUAUUAGUAAAGCAUAAAAGAUCGCAUAAAAGAUCGUCUAAAGUUAGCUACAGAAGUAAGAAGCAAGUACUACAGCAAUAUGUAUUUGGGCAACUCGCCCAGGAUUAUAGGCCUUGGAAAUGAGAAUAACGAACAGAUCAGCAGUAGUGAGACAGAUAUGUUGAUGAUUCAAACCUAAAAUUUAAAGGGUUUCGCCCAUCCUCUCCAACCAUUAAUGCCAGAGAAGUGACAGAAGCAGUCACCAACUUCAUCGACUGGAGUCUUACAUGACAACAGAUAGAAGGAACAACAUCCUUCAUCAGGAGAAGAACAGGAGACACCUCAUCUUCUGGGGCUUUUGUGGGCAAGAUCCUGAGCAAUGGAUGCGACGAGCUGGCUCUGUCAAUCACUGAAAAAUGAGAGAAACGAGUGAAAGGUUUCCUAACAUUUUAGUAGUUUAAACUAUUGGUGACAAACUAUUCUUGUGAAAUGACAAAGUACUCGAUAUUAGUAGCAAACUAUUCUAGCUAGCUUUUAUAAAUUAAAUAUAAUUAUUAAAGACUAUGUUUGU